UUUAUUGUUAUCAUCAUGUCAUUAUUGUUUUCUGGUUGUAGCAUUCCCCCUCUCUCUGUUGUUGGCCUCAGUGAACAGCAAGCUAUAGAGGAGUGUAAGAGUGACAUUCUGGUCUACACCUCAUCAUUUAAUCCAAUGAAAAACACAGUAUCUGGGAGACAAGAAAAAACGGUUAUGAAGCUUCUUGUUGAUUCUGAAACUGAUAAAGUAAUUGGCGCCUCCAUGUGUGGUCCAGAUGCAGCUGAAAUUAUGCAGGGUAUUGCCAUAGCUUUGAAGUGUGGAGCAACGAAAGCUCAAUUUGAUAGCACGGUUGGGAUCCAUCCAUCAUCUGCUGAAGAGUUUGUAACAAUGCGCACUUUAACUCGCCGUGUAACUGCUGGGGCUAAACCGAAGACAAAUUUGUGAAAGUACUACAACAUCUCGAAAAACUGUCGCUGGCAGUAAAGUACACCCAUACUUCGAGCUAGCUAGCUACAGUUUUGCAAUUGCAAAUUGUAAUAAUUGGGUUGACAUGGUGUAAUAUGUUUCAUCAUAUAGAACAUCAUGGUAGGCAUUGUGGCAAAGAUUUACGUUGUGUUCAUCUUCCACGAUGAUAUUAUCUUGGUUCUCGUAUACCAUAUGUGUGAGCUUAUUCAGUUGAUGCUAGUUAUCCC